ACCCGCGGGCGGCCCACACUCCGGCGACCAGACCAGACCACCAGAGGAAGAGAACGAUCCGAGCUGGCUCUCUCUGCCACUGCCAGCCACUGAGCAUCAUUACCCAAUCACGGAUCUCUCGUCCCCUCUCUUCUUGCAGCUGCUCUGCUGCCGCCGCUGCUUCUCUUCCAAUUCUUCUUGUUGUGUUUGCGGUUGAAGAGGGAGAGGAUGAAGGAGAUGCUGGUGGGUUCGGCGUCGCCGGUGGGGCCUGUGGGUAGGUGGGGGGCGGCGCCGCCGCAGGCGCUGCUGGAGAGGAUGAAGGACUACGGGCAGGAGGGCGCGUUCGCGCUCUGGGACGAGCUCUUGCCCGAGGAACGGGACCUCCUCGUCCGGGACAUCGAGAGUCUAGAUCUUUCAAGGAUUGAUCGGAUCAUUCGACGCUCCCUUGGAUCACAAGGCUUUUUACUGCCCGCGAUCGAGCCCGUGCCGGAAUCCAGUGUCUCGAGGGUGGAGGAGAGGUCUCCAGAGGACAAAGAACGGUGGUGGAAGAGGGGGCUGAGAGCCAUUUCAGAGGGGAAGCUGGCCAUUGUACUUUUGGCUGGUGGUCAGGGAACUCGGCUUGGAAGCUCCGAUCCCAAGGGAUGUUUCAAUAUUGGACUUCCAUCUGGAAAAUCACUUUUCCAACUCCAAGCUGAACGCAUUUUGUGUGUUCAAAAGUUGGCUGCUCAAUCUAGCGAUACUCCUGGUAACAUUUUACCAAUCCACUGGUAUAUAAUGACCAGCCCCUUCACUGAUGAUGUCACACGCAAAUUCUUCGAGAGCCGUAAAUAUUUUGGCUUAGAGGCUGAACAAGUGACAUUUUUCCAACAAGGCACCCUUCCAUGCAUUUCUGCUGAUGGCAGAUAUAUUAUGGAGACGCCAUACAAGGUAGCAAAGGCUCCUGACGGCAAUGGAGGAGUUUAUUCCGCCCUGAAGUCUAAGAAGUUGCUUGAAGAUAUGUCUGCACGGGGUGUAAAAUAUGUAGAUUGCUACGGAGUUGAUAACGCACUGGUUCGUGUUGCAGAUCCAACAUUCCUAGGCUACUUCAUAGAAAAAGGUGUAUCUUCUGCUGCAAAGGUUGUUAGGAAGGCUUAUCCACAAGAGAAUGUAGGAGUGUUUGUUCAACGGGGUCGUGGCGGACCUCUUUCUGUGGUAGAGUAUAGUGAAAUGGAUGCGGCUAUGACUACGGAAAUUAAUCAAUCAACAGGACGCCUUCGUUAUUGUUGGAGCAACGUGUGCUUGCAUAUGUUCACGUUGGACUUUCUGAAUCAAGUGGCAAACAGCCUUGAAAAGGACAGUGUUUACCAUCUUGCCGAGAAGAAGAUACCUUCCAUUCAUGGGUGCACAAUGGGCCUGAAGCUUGAACAGUUCAUAUUUGACGCCUUCACUUACUCCCCAUCCACAACACUUUUCGAGGUUUCGCGUGAAGAGGAAUUUGCACCGGUGAAGAACGCUAACGGUGCAACUUAUGACACCCCUGAUAGCGCCAAACUAAUGCUGCUUCGUCUCCAAAGCAGAUGGGUAGUUGCUGCUGGCGGCUUCCUGACGCAUUCAGUGCCCUUGUAUAUGACAGGCGUGGAGGUUUCUCCGCUGAGCUCCUACGCCGGCGAAAACCUGGAGGCGAUCUGCCGAGGGCGGACAUUCCACGCGCCCAGUGAGAUCUCAUUCUAGAUGUAAGCGUUCAACAAGAGCUCCGGCAAACGGAGGAAUUAUAUCUGGGGAUUUCCUCAGUCUAGAUGCAAGUGUUCAACGACAGCUCCUACAAACGGAGGAAUUAGAUCUGGGAUUUGCACGUAUAGUUGAGUGGAGGGAGUUAGUGCCUGCCUGGGAGUUGCGUGUAUAUUGUCGAGAUGGUUGGAACGACAUAUAUACAUUAUUUAUCCCUGUAUUACUGGACUGGUAAAUGAAUAACAUGCAAGGAUGAAUAAUUAGUUGAUGAAUAUAUGCGGUUUCAUCA